AUAAUUUACAAAAAAAAAUCGUGUCGUUGCCCGAAGACGUCAAUGCUAAAUUCGUCGAACAUUAUUUACAGAAAACCACACAACUUUCCAUUGUACAAUUGAUUUCUGUUAAUUUAAUAUAAAUUUAGUCACUUAACAACAACCCUUACAAUGCCACGUGGAAAGUAUACCAACCAUAAGGGACGCAACCGUAAGUUCACGAGCCCUGAGGAGUUAGAAGAACAGAGGAAGCAAGAGGAACUGAAGAAAAAAUGGAGAAAGGAACAUGGAGAUGAAAGCUCAAGUGAAGAGGAAUCUGAAGGAAACAAAUCUGGUUCAGAUGAUAGUGACGACAGUGAUUCUGACGAAGAUCACCCAACCAAAGCGAAGGGUGUAUCUGGCCUCAUUGAAGUAGAAAAUCCCAACCGAGUAGUAAAGAAGAAUAAGAAAUUAACAACUUUGAAUACCACCAUUGGGGAAGGAGGAGAAAAACCUCAACUCUCAAGGCGUGAACGAGAAGAAAUCGAAAGGCAACGGGCAGCCGCGGCGUACCAGAAGGCGCACGCGGAGGGAAAGACUGACCAGGCGCGCGCCGACCUCGCUCGCCUCGCCAUCAUCCGCCAGCAGAGGGAGGAGGCGGCCAAGAGACGCGAGGCUGAGAAGAAGGCCAAGGACGAUACUCCAAAGAAGAGGUAGAUAAAUACUCAACAUUAGUCUAUGACAGGAUUGCCAUCAUUUUGUUCAUUCGGCGGCUUCGGAAUUCAUGGAUCCUCUCACAAAAGUGAUAUUUGUUUUAAAAAAUUACCAUUAUUUUACAUAUCCACAUCAAAAAAUUAAAUAACUGUAAAUUAAUAAAAAAAAAACAUAAACUAUACACACUCACGUCCAAUGAAAUGACUGCCAUUUUCUACCAUUUUGGUAGGGAUUGAUAUUAAAUUACUACUAAUUCUUAUUUGACUAGGGCGCCGAAGAUGUCAAUUUGGUAGAUUUUCUACUGCACAAUUAUUAAUGUUGUUAAUGAUUUCGGAAAUGGUUUGUGUUUUACAAGUAUGCAUAAAAAUCGAAUGAAGAGAUUGAAACAGUUGAGAAUUGACAAUAUUGUUUCUAGUAAAUGUAAGUUUGUUGUGUUUUUAUGUACAACACAAUAAACUAGAAGGAAAUGUGCAAUUUUUAGUACAUACUAUUCUGUUUUUUAAUUAAUAUCUUAGCUAAUUUACAAUAAUUCUUGUAAAAUUUAAUUAAUGAAACAGAUCUUUUAACUGUGCUCUAUAUGAAAUAUCUUAAUUGGUUUUAUUAAAUCUUAAUGCAUGCAUACACGUGUAUAAAUUUUAUCAGCAUAAAUAUAACAUUAAUCGUUAUUAGAAAAUUAUAAUUCCUUUACCUUUUUUAAUAAAUUCAGAUAAUUUACUCAUUUUUAGUUUUUAAUGGCUAGCACAUUUUUAUAUUACAGCUAUAAAAAUAUAACACAAUUGAGGCAAAAUUUAUGAUAUUAUUUAAGAUUGUGUGAAUUUCAAGCCAAAUGGUUUACAUGAAAUGCUGAUCUAAUGGCGAAAAUACACACCGGUAAAUAUUGUAACCAUAAAUGCCUUAAAAUAAAAACAUUUUUGGUUAAAAAAAAGCAUUGAUGAAGUUAUAUAACUUCACAUAAUUUCACUGAUGCACUGAAUGUGUGUUUGUGUUAGUAACUCGUGAAAAUAUCCAUACUAAGUGACCCACUUAGGGAGGAGGGGAGUUCUCAAAAUACUAUGACCUCCGUUGCUAGGCCUAAUUCCUAGACUUUGACAGGUUUAGACCGAGAAACUUAUAGUUCGCUCGGAACAUGAAACAUGUUUUUUUCCAGUAAACAAAAACAAAUCCCAUCCGGGUUAGUGAUAGCUGUGCAGUUCCAUAUGUUGCUAUGUCAGAGAGGACACUAAGUUUGGCGUAAGCUAUAAUUAUUAUAGACAACACGUGAUCACUGAAAUAUAUGGUUUAAUUAAAUGUUUAAUAUUUUUUGAUUUAUCAGUUUUGUUUUCCAGAUAUAGAUAUACUGCCACGUGCUGUCGUUCCGCAAAUGUGCUAGCUUUAAUAUCUAUAAUUAUGUAAAAAGUUCUUAAUAAAAUAAACUAACUGUAUAUUUUACAUUAUUUUAAAUACUUAAUGCAAUAAAAAUAAUUUGUUUUUAAUUACUUCCAUAACAUUGUGUAUUGCAUUCUCAUUUCCACCUGGAUUCUGUAUGAAUUUGCUUAGAUCUAAUUGUUAGAUAGUCUCACUAGACAAUUUUUAUAUGCGAAUGUGUAUCUGUAUAAUAAAAAACGUAAAAUGGAA